AUGUCGAACCCAGCCGUUGGAAACGUCUACCAAGCUAUCAUUGACGAGGUCGUCAAUAGUUCGCGAGUUGAUUUCGAGGAGAGCGGCGUUGAAGAAUCAGUGCUAGAGGAGCUGCGACAGGAAUAUGGCGUGACCAAAGACAGCAGGUUCUGUCAAGUAGCAGCACUCUCUUUCGAGAUGACCUCUAGAGCUGAAGAUCGACUCCUGGUCGAAGCGGAGCGCAUCGCUGGCAGCAUUGCGAAGGGGGGGGCAGAGGGAGAUGGCGGGUUACGGGG